AUGGUUGAAGUUCAAAACGUUGCAGAGAGCAUCAAAAAUAUUAAUUCAUUAAAAAUUAACCAUGGCUUGAUUAUAAGUGCUGAAGGAGUACGCCAUUCAAAAUUUUCGGCAUAUUCUCUAAGUUCGCAGCCUAAAGCUAGAAAAUUAAAUAUGCCGCUUGGUAACUCUUUUCAGAUAACGUUAAAAUUUUCUACAAAACAGAGAGAUUCUUUCUUGUUUAAAAAUCAUAUUGAUCACUCUGCUGUUAACUUGAAACAUUGUGACUGGAUAACUGUAAAUCCUAUUGAAAACCCUUUAACAAAUGAGUCACUUGUCAAAGAUGUAUGUUUGAAAAUACAAUGUUCGAAAUUGGAGUUAAUUGUUGAAAAAGAAAAGAUAAAACCUUCUAAAGAAAUGGUUGCCAAAAUAAAAGAAGCUCUGAAUCAUUAUGACCCUUAUAAUGAAUUAAUGGCCGUUUUUGAAACCUACGGAAAAUUUCUUCCUAGAAAAUUUGUUCUUGGGCAUAAAAUACACAGAGUUACUCGUUUAAUUGUGAAUGAGAGUCAUCCAAAUCCUAACUUUAAAGAAGGAGAACAGUUUACCAAUUUUAUGACAGGAAAAUAUCAUGACAUUUUAAGUCAGUGGGAAAAAUACAUAGGCGUAUAUGGUUUUGAUUCGUCUUAUUUUGCAUCUGUUGACAAAAAAUUAAUAAUGAAAGAUGAAAUUGAAAUGUGGAUGAAGACUUGUUUAGAAAGUGAUUAUGAAUCAUUGCAAAUAAUCAGUUGGAAUGAAUUAUAUCCAAUAUAUGAAAUAUUUGACGAGCCUCUUUGUCAAGAAAUUAAAUCUAUUCUUGGAAUAAAUUAUAAGCCAGAAAGUUUUAAUGUAAAAGAAAAGGUGCUAUUUUCUGGAAUAAUUCCAGUUAAUGUCUCACCUUUUUCUUAUCGGGUGAAUUUUCCAGUUUGUUUUAAAUCAAAUGACUACCAACUUUUUGGAAAACUCUUAAAACAAAAUGGUCAACCAAUCGAUAAAGUUAUCAUCAAGUUCAAAUCUAUGGAUAUAUACGGAUUCUAUGCUUUUGUGGAAAGUUUUGACACUAUUGAUGAGCAUAGAGAAUUGCAAAUAGAAUGGAUAUUGAUCGGAAUACCUGCUAAGAUUGGAUUUUUUAAUAUUAAUACACGAAAUAUUCGCAUUUUAAGUUCUAUUAGCACCUCAUUUUCACCAAAACCAAACGAUAAUAAUUGGAAGAUUUUAUUGGAUGUUCAAGAAAUCCUGCCACAAAAUUCAGUCCUUGUUACUUCAUUUAAAUAUUCAUCAAAUUAUGAACGAAAUUUCAAAGUUGAUGACCUAAAUUACUGGUAUAACGAUAAUAAAAUCGAACUUAAUGUUUAUGAUGCUAAUAAUGAAAAUUCAACAUCUUCGCCUAUGGAAAUAUAUGAUUGUGAUGCUGAUAAUGAAAAUUCGACAUCUUCGCCUAUGGAAAUAUAUGAUUCUGAUGAAAAUAAUUUUAAGAAUAGCGAUGUUAAUGACGCUGAACCAAAAUGCUUAAUUCAAUGUUUCAUUCUUUCCUUAGAAAGUCGGGAAAAACUAGCAAUUCAUUUGAACGUUAUAGGCAAAACUAUUGGUCGCGAGGAAGAGAUAACCAUUAAGCUACAAACCGGCAAAAUAACUCCAUUUGAAUCUCAGCCAGAAAAUGCUACGCUGAAGCGUGAAAAUUGUGAAGAAAAAGGUCUUGAUGUAUUUCUACUCAAUAAAAAGCGAGCUAGAGAACUACAUAAAUACUUUUCAACAAAAUUGAUUCAUCUUUUUUUGUUUUCUUAA